UUUAUGGUGUGGACAUAAAAUGGAGAACGUUGAAGACCCGCAGCGGGCGCCUGCGUCUGCGCCAGAGCCGGCGCGGGACGAGCUUUUAGCGUCGUCUGCAGCUGAUGCGCCCAUGCCGACUUUACAUGAUGUGCUUACCGUGCCAACAAUCUGGAGGCUUCUAGGAAAGAGCGCGACCCUGAAUUUGCGUGCAACAUCCCGGACAGCUCGCAAUUUGCAUGAUGCCUCGCGCUUGACUAUGACCAUAAACAUGGCAAAUGCCAAGGAUAUUUUCCAGUCCCGGCUCGCGGUCCACAGCGCUGGACUGGACGCUCUCGGCGCCAUGCGGCACCGGGGGCACCUCCGGCCCACGACCGUCACGCUCAGAUGCGACAGCAGCACCACGGAGGGGCUCGCGUGUGACAUCCUGCCGCUGGUCGCGACGGCGGCCACCUCGCUGCGGCUGCUGGGCUCGCGGCGCGUGCUGGGUCAGCGGCUGGCGGCGUGCCUGGCCGCCUGUGCGCCCGAGCUGCGCGACCUAACACUGGACCUGCCCGACGUGCCGUCAUCCAAGGCGGCACAGCAGGUGCUGCAGGCGGUGGGGCCGCGGCUCUCACGCCUGGAGCUGAGGCUGGGGGCGCAGGGGCUGCUGCCGGUGAUGGCGCUGGAGGACGCGGAGGAGGGCUGUCGGCAGCACCUGCAGGAGCUCCGGCUCCGGCUGGACAUGGCGAUGGGGGCGCCGCUGGGGCCCUUCAAGGGGACACGCGGCGAUGGAGCAGUGCCGCCCGCUGUGGCCGCCAUCGCCGCGCUGCCGGCCCUGCGCUGCCUGGAGCUGACCGGGAGCGCCCUGCCGCGGCUGCUGGAGCCGCUGCAGCGCCUGGCUGGCCUGGCUGCGCUCACCGCCCUCACACGCCUGCGGGCCGACCUGCCCGACGACCUGGGUCUGGAGCCGCUUGAGCGACACCGGGUGGAGGGCUGGCUGGAGGCGGGGGCGGGGGGGCCGGGGCAGGUCGGCGCAGUGCUGGGCGCCGCGGCGCAGCGGGAGAGGCAGCGCCGUGGGCUGCUGCUGGCGCAGCAGCAGCAGCAGCAGCAGCAGCAGGGCGGUCAGGGGCAGGGACGGCACCAGGGGCAGGGGCAGGGGCAGGGGCAGCUAGCACAGGCGGGGUAUGCUGCAGGUGGCGUGCAAUGGCUGGAGUGCCACCACGCCGCAGUCAUGGCAGAACUACAGCGGGAGGCAGCGGCGGCAGCUGCAGCGGCGGCGCCGGCGGCGGCGGUGGCGGUGGCGGCGGCGGGGGGUGGCAGCAGUGACGGCGACAUCAGCCGCAGCUGGCCGGCGGUGCUCGCAGACCCUGCCGGCGCGGCAGCGGUGCGGCUGACCUACACUGGCACGCCGCGGGUCAAUCCCAGCACAGGCACGGGCUUUCGCGGGCUGCCGGGGCAGCCGGGGCUGCUACUGCCGGGGCAGCGGCAGCAGCACGAGCGGGGCUGGGAGCAGCUGGUGGUGGCACUGCAGAACGCAACCGUGUACCAGCUCCUGCCGCCGAUCAUGUCCUGUGGCGACGCGCUUGUGGAUUUACACCUGGGGUUAUCCUUGGACGUGACUCUGUACGACAUGUGUGUCAUGGCGGCGGCGCUGACGUCACUGGAGCGGCUGACGUGUCGGCGCAUCGUGCUGCCGCCCACAUUGCUGUCGCUGCCGCCGCCGCCGCCGCCGGCUGCUGAGGUCGGUGCCGGUGGCGGUGGGGCCGGUGGUGGUGGAGGUGGAGGUGGUGGUGGAGGUGGAGGGUAUGGCGUUGGUGGCGGUGCGGCUGCGAUGCGCGCGCAGUGGGAGGAGCUGGACCGGCAGAAUGCGAGGCUGUGGGGCUGGCCGCCGCUGGUGCCCUUCCCGCCGCGCCUGCGCGAGCUGGCGGUCCGCACCAUGCCACCCAUGCCCGUGCUGGCCUGCCUGGCCGCCGUCCCGAGCAUGGAGCGCCUCACGUGCCGCCAGUUUGAGAAGGCGGCGGCAGCAGCAGCGGUCGGCACCGCGUACACCUUGAGCGCGAAUGCCGCUGCCGCGGUGGUGGCGGCGAUAGCUGCAAGCGGAGCUGCAGGGCUGGCGCCGCCCGGCGUGGCCGCACAGCGCAUCGCCCGGGCUGCUGCGACCGCUGAGAACCUGGAGUCAGACAGUGAUGGCGGCGGCGCGUCGGGACGAGGUGGAGGCGACGGCGCGGCAGCUGUUUUUCCAGGAGCCGGGAUGUUUGCUGACGUGUACAGCUCGGAGCAGGUGGCGGCGGUGGCAGCCGCAGCCGCGGCGGGCUGCGCCGCGCGGCUGGCGAUCCUGGGGUGCUCGUGGAGCGGUGGCCGUGUGGGGAGCUUGGAGAAGCUGCCUCCCUGGAGUUUCGCGACGACGCACGUGGCUUGCCGGGUGCUAGCGCUCCUGCUUGGCCCAGCAUCGGCAGCGGCGACGCCAGUACGGGCUGCGGGAGCGGCUGGCAGCGGCGCCGCAGGCAGCGGGGCCCCCGCGGCCAGCGCAAGCGCAGCCGCAGGGGUGCCGGCGCUGCAGCUGUCGAAGCCUUCUCACGGGCUGCCGCCCACGCUGAUCAUUCGGCCCUUCGAAGGCGCGCGGUGCAAGCUGCUUGGGGUGGAGCAGGUCGGGCACGACUGGCUGUCAGCGCUUGCGCCGCUGGGGGGAGGCGGCGCCGCCGGGGCGGAGGUGGCUGCAGCGCCGGGGGCUGCUGCUGCGGCGAGCGGCGGCGCAGCAGGGACAGGCGGCGGGAGUGGAGGCGGGAAAGAUGGGCAUGAUGGCAGCGGUGGCGGCAGUGGCAGCGGUGGCGGCAGCGAUGGCGGCAGCGGCAGCGGCGGAGGUGGCGGGCGCGGUGGCGUGCUGGUGCUGCAGCUGCGUGACUUCUGCUUCGCGGGCGGCGACCUGCAGCGACUGCAGAGCGCGCUGCCGGGGCUCCUGGAGCUGGACAUACGCGGCUGCACCGCCCCGGAGCUGGAUGUGUUGGACAUGCAGCGGUGGCUGCGGCGUGGCGGCCGGCGCGGCGUGGUGCGCUCAGACGAGCACGAGGCGGCGCUGAAGAGGCUGUGGCAGCAGGUGCAACAGGAGCAGCAGGAGCAACAACAGCAGGAGCAGCGGUAGCAGCAGGAACUGCUGGAGUAGCGGGAGGGAGGCGUAGGAGAGCAGAUGCCUGGUGGUGAUGGCGGGGGCGGCUGCGGACAGAUGCUGGCGUCAUUGGCGACGAGGACGCGAGGGCCAACAGCGACGAUGCGGAGGAUGCCUCUUCCAGCCCG